AUGGACCCUGCUCAUUCAUUCAGGGUGGAGCUGGACGGGCUGGACCUCCAGCAGGUCCCAGUGCUGUCGCUCGACCAGAUACGCGCCAUCCGGGCCAACAAUGACUAUGUGGACAGGCCCGUGGCACUGGAACCGGCAUCUCAGUCCGGAUUUUUCUUUGCCCAUGAUGACCGUUACCCUCAUGGAGUAUACCCCCACCACCCCCAGCCUUCUUUCCACUCGGCCCUGCCCCGCAGCCAAAGUCAGCAGCAGCACGCUCACCUGUCCCACCUGAGCCGUUCCAGUACUAUAAGCUCUUCCAUGUCUCGGACCAGUGCCACCUCAGACCAGCGGCUACUGGCAGGAUUGACGCCAUCUCACUCUGGCCUUGGUUCGGUGGUCCGCUCUCAGCCGAAAGGAGAACUCAAGCCUGAUGCUUCUUUGGGUAAAGGCCUGACAGAGGACGAGGCUGAGUUGGGCCUUCAUCUGUUCAUCUGCGAGCGGUGUGGUCGCUGUAAGUGCCAAGAGUGCUGCGCUCCCCGCCGCCUUCCUUCCUGUUGGGCCUGCGGACAGCGCUGCCUGUGCUCCGCCGAAAGCGCGGUGGAGUACGGCACCUGCUUGUGCUGCGUUAAAGGUCUGUUCUACCACUGCUCCGCCCAGGAUGACGAGGAUAACUGUGCCGACCGGCCGUGCUCCUGCGCUCCAGCCCACGCCUGUGCCCGCUGGGGCACCAUGGGGCUGCUCGCGCUCUGCCUGCCCUGCCUCUGCUGCUACCCCCCUGCCAGGCUGUGCCUUGCCCUGUGCCAGUGUGCCCACGACCGUGCCACACGCCCCGGCUGCAGGUGCAGCAACACCAACACUGUGUGCCGCAAGAUUUCCGCCUCCAACCCUAACCCUGGUCACCCCUCGCUCCGUAGCAAGGCGCUGGAGAAGCCGUUAUGACAGGCCUGAACGGGGGCCAGGUAAAUCCAUCUCCCCUCAGCCGUCGCCAAAGCAACGCUGUCGCCAUCGGUGCCACAGCUGACAUUGUGAAGACAAUGCCAUUGUGACCCACCUACCUACAUACGACAAGCCAACCAACCUACCAACCCACCGUGAAGUGUUGUUCACCUGAUGUACCUUGAAUUUACUUCUUCUCCAGCUCAGGAGGGACCAAAGCUUUACUGUGCCUGUUCAUGUUGGAGACUUCAUGCCUAAAAACAAAACCUUGUCCUGAAGAAGAUGAAGCUGUCGUGCUUUGCUGGACUGCCCUUCAACCUUAACCAAGACGUCAAGACAGAAAUCACCUCUCUGCGCACUCUGUGGUGUAAGUUGGACGUGUUAAAAUCUAUUUAUUUAUUGUUGAACUUCCUUCCUCCUAACCCUUUGCAAAGAGAACGCACAGAGCACAGAGAUGGGCAAUGGACCAAAUCAGGAAGGAAAGACGCCUGUGGCAGUGUGUAUGGUCAAUGCCAACAGAGUUUCUGGUCUCUAGAAAGAGAGAGUCAAGAGAAGCGUGGGAGAUAGAGGACUUUGACCGCAAAGACAUCAGAAAACUCCACAAGAGGUUGGAGAAGAAAGCAUGAAGAAACAAGCAUUGUGCUGCGGUGAAUAUCAGACUGGGACUCUGAGCAAAGCACCAAGGCAUAAAGUGAGAACAAAGACACUUGUAACAUACCUGUAACAACAGUUUGACACCAAAAAGGGACCAUGCACUGUACAAACUGAGUGAAUUUCAAUUCUAUUAAGCUCAUUUGUAAAGGAAAAGCACUGUGAGGUAGACGGACAAUGUUUUCCCCAGCAGCCUAUAGCUGAAUGGGGGAUUAUUUAACCGGAGGGAGGGUGCAUCCAUUGUGACUAGGCAGCGUGUGUGUGCGUGCGUGUGUGUGUGUGUGUGUGUGUGUGUGUGUGUGUGUGUGUGUGUGUGUGUCCUCCCACUGUACAACCUGUGUAUGUAGAGCCUGUGUGUAUGUUGUUUUGUCAGCAGAAGAAGCCUCCCUUGUCUUAUUUUUAGCAGUGUUGCUUCAGUGGAGCUCUGAGGGUCUGGUCGGGUUUCCUCCCGAAGUCAGUCUGUCGCCAACCUCCCUCCUCUGACCGACCUCCUUCGCUGCCCCCACCUCCAGCCGUCUCUCCUCCUCCUCUACCACUUACCAACUCUCGUUCCAUCCUCCGAUCAAAUGCUCUCCUCUUCUCUGAACCAUCUUUGUAUCUCAGUCAGUUAGUACCCUCAUCCAGAAUGACUUACAGUGGAAAAACAACAGCUUUAGCUCCUCAGUUCACAACGAAGACAUCAAUCCUGCAGCCACGGAAGUAAUGAUGUUUGCAUUUUGACCAACCAGGUUGAACAAAGCUACAGCAGCUGAGUAUGUUAAGACGGGUUACGAUGGGAGAAAAGAAUACCAGUCAAAUUGAGGAAGUUUUUUCGAAUUUCAUCGUUUCCAUCAAGCUUUUCGAAUGCAACAUUUAAAAUUUGCAUAAAAGCACCUUGAUAGAAACACGGCUAUAGUUCAUUCUCCAAGGUUUUUCACAUUAAAAACUAGCUCCUAAAUCUUGGGUGUUAGUGCCUUAGAAGUCUUCUGGCCUACCCCUUAGAUCUAAUAAAAAUCAGUUUGCUGCUCCUGGUAAUGUGCAUUAUUUGGAAAAAAAAAAAAAAAAAAACAUGAUAAGGACCUUUUAAAAAAGGUAGAGCUAAGCUUUAAUGACCUUUAAAAAUCCAUUAAGUCUGUGAGGGUUAAGCCCACCCCUUUCCAGAAGCUCAGGCACCGAAGAUGCUCUGAGAACAGACGUUCAUGAGCUUGAUGAGGCCUCGUUACUGGACGCCCUCUGCCUCAGCACUCAUCAUGUGUUGCUCAUAGGACAGGAAAUUAACAUAUUCAAGCAAAUGACAGAAAAAUUAAAUUUAGAGAAUCCUGUACUCAUUCUUUCUUUUGAAAUUACCAAAGCACAAAAGUUAUACAAAUCACAACCAAACCCAACCAACAAAAGCCAGCUGACAAGAGGCAUAUUUUUCCCCAUACACCCAUAUAUCCCUCCUGCCUCAUCCGUCUCUCUGCGUACACUCAGAGGGCUAAAAGCCUCCAGUUCCU